CACCACUCCCUCCUUCUCCUCCUCCUCACUUGAGAAGAAGCUUUCAUUCGCUGUCACUAGUUUCUUCAUUUCCCUUUUCACCUCUUUACUUCUCCUCCUACUUCCGAAUGCGUGAUUAAUCAAACUGAAGAAGAAGAAUAAGAAGAAGUAGAAGUAGUAGUAGAAAAAGAAGAAGGGGAACAACCAGCUGGAAAUGACAAACGAUCUCACUAGAAACAGCAGCAGUCGGCGGAGCUGGGCUGACAGCUUCCGAGACCGAGCAGACGUAUUCCGGCGCAGCCUGGUGAUGGAGGAGGGCGACGAUGAGGAGAAUCUCAAGUGGGCAGCGCUAGAGAAGCUGCCUACAUACGACCGUAUGCGCAAGGGCAUAAUCCGUCAGGUGAUCGACAACGGAAACGUCAUCGCCAGCGAAGUUGAUGUCAACAAUCUUGGCCCCCAGGAUCGGAAGCGCCUCCUCGAGCAGAUCUUCAAGGUGGUGGAGGAGGACAACGAGCGCUUCCUCAUUCGCCUCCGCGAUCGAAUCGACCGGGUGGGGCUGGAACUUCCAAAGAUUGAGGUACGGUAUGAGAACAUAUCCGUGGAGGCAGAUGUUUAUAUUGGAAGCAGAGCACUACCCACCUUGUGGAAUUUCACCAUAAACAUUCUUGAGGAUAUCUUUGGUCUUGUAAGAUUCAACCAAUCCAGGAAAAAGACCAUAAAAAUUCUUAAGGAUGUCAGUGGAAUACUCAAGCCAACAAGAAUGACAUUGCUGCUUGGGCCUCCAGCCUCAGGGAAAACAACACUAUUGCUUGCACUAGCUGGGAAACUUGAUAAGAGACUAAGGCAAUGGGGUAAAGUCACAUACUGUGGCCAUGAACUCUCAGAAUUUGUUCCUCAAAGAACAUCUGCUUACAUUAGUCAGUUGGACAUUCACAAUGGUGAGAUGACAGUUAGAGAAACAUUGGAUUUCUCAGCACGAUGUUUAGGUGUGGGAUCAAGGUAUGAAAUGUUAUCAGAAUUGUCAAGACGAGAGAGAGAUGCAGGAAUUAAACCAGAUCCUGAGAUUGAUGCAUUCAUGAAGGCUGCUGCAGUUGAAGGACAAAGAACUAAUGUAUCAACUGACUACGUUCUAAAGGUACUUGGUUUGGAUAUAUGUGCAGACAUUUUGGUUGGUGAUCAGAUGCGGCGAGGCAUUUCUGGGGGGCAAAAGAAACGAGUGACAACGGGAGAGAUGCUAACUGGGCCUGCACGAGCACUCUUCAUGGAUGAAAUAUCAACUGGACUUGACAGUUCUACGACCUUUCAAAUAAUAAAGUUCAUUAGGCAAAUGGUUCAUGUCAUGGAUGGGACAGUGCUUAUAUCUCUCCUUCAACCUGCACCUGAGACAUUUGAACUUUUUGAUGAUGUUAUUCUAUUAUCAGAGGGUCAAAUAGUCUAUCAAGGUCCUCGAGAGCAUGUUGUUGAGUUCUUUGAGUUUGUUGGCUUUAGAUGUCCUGAAAGGAAAGGAGUUGCUGACUUUCUUCAAGAGGUAACUUCUUUGAAGGAUCAAGAACAAUAUUGGUACAAUAAGGACAAACCAUACCGUUUUAUUUCAGUCUCUGAGUUUGUGGAGCUUUUUAAGCAAUUUCAUGUCGGGCAAGAACUAUAUGCAGAGCUUACUAUUUCUUAUGAUAAAUCUAAAGCACAUCCUGCCGCACUGACAACACGGAAAUAUGGCAUUUCUAAUUGGGAACUUCUUAAAGCAUGUUUAUCAAGGGAGUGGUUGUUGAUGAAAAGAAACUCUUUUGUCUACAUUUUCAAGACAACCCAGAUAACUACACUUUCUUUAAUAGCCAUGACUGUGUUUCUAAGAACCAAAAUGCAUCAUGAAACAAUCCCCGAUGGCAACAAAUUUUAUGGUGCACUCUUCUUCACUUUAACCAAUGUCAUGUUCAAUGGAAUGGCAGAACUGGUGAUGACUGUUGAGAAACUCCCUGUGUUCUAUAAACAAAGAGAUUUCUUGUUUUACCCUGCUUGGGCUUUUGGCAUUGCAUAUUGUCUCCUCAGGAUCCCUCUUUCUUUCUUGGACACUGGAAUUUGGAUCAUACUUACCUAUUAUGUGAUUGGUUUUGCCCCUGCUGCAAGCCGGUUCUUCCGCCAGUUCCUAGCACUUCUCCUUGUACAUCAGAUGGCUCUUGGCCUGUUCCGCUUCAUUGCUGCAGCUGGAAGAACCAUGGUUGUAGCCAAUACAUUUGGAACAUUUGCUUUGCUUAUUGUUUUUGUGCUAGGAGGCUUUGUUAUUUCUAAAGAUGACAUCAAAUCCUGGUGGAUAUGGGGUUUCUGGAGUUCCCCUUUAAUGUAUGGGCAAAAUGCUAUUGCUAUUAAUGAGUUCCUUGAUCCAAGAUGGGGUGCACCAAAUAAUGACACCAACAUAGAUGCAUUAACUGUAGGAACUGCUAUACUCAAAUCUAGAGGAAUGUUUUCCCGUGGCUAUUGGUAUUGGCUUGCUAUUGGGGCUCUCAUCGGAUUUAUUAUUCUGUUCAACGUAUUAUUUGUCCUUGCGCUCACCUACUUGAAUCCUUUGGCAAGUGCACAAAAUGCAAUUGUUGAUGAGGAAUCUAGUAAGAAAAAGAAAACUUCAUCAAUAUUAAAUAGAAGGAUUGAAAUAAUAGGAAGUAUCGCACAUUCUGAUCCACAGGAUUUAUCAGAAUCAGCAAGGAGAAACAACUCUGAAACUUUUAGCGCUUCAGUACAUUCAGCAAAGCGAGGAAUGGUUUUGCCUUUCCAGCCUCUCUCUCUUGCUUUCAAUCAUGUGAACUAUUAUGUUGACAUGCCUGCUGAAAUGAAGAGACGAGGAAUUGAGGAAGAUCGUCUUCAAUUACUAUGUGCUGUAAGCGGUGCAUUUAGGCCUGGAGUUUUGACUGCAUUGGUUGGAGUAAGUGGAGCCGGAAAGACUACAUUGAUGGAUGUUCUAGCAGGAAGGAAAACUGGUGGUUAUAUUGAAGGGAGCAUUAGUAUUUCUGGUUAUCCUAAAAAUCAAGAGACUUUUGCUAGGAUAAGUGGUUACUGUGAACAGAAUGACAUUCACUCGCCAUAUAUGACUAUUUAUGAAUCACUUGUUUACUCUGCUUGGCUGCGUCUUGCACCUGAAAUUGACAAGCAGACACGAAUGAUGUUUGUGGAAGAGGUUAUGGAGUUGGUUGAACUUGACACUUUGAGAGAUGCUCUAGUUGGAGUUCCGGGGGUUGAUGGUCUAUCGACUGAGCAACGAAAAAGACUCACAAUUGCUGUUGAGCUUGUUGCAAAUCCUUCCAUCAUAUUCAUGGACGAGCCAACAUCAGGACUUGAUGCAAGAGCUGCAGCCAUAGUUAUGAGGACAGUCAGGAAUACAGUGGAUACAGGACGCACCGUUGUUUGUACGAUCCACCAACCAAGCAUAGAUAUUUUUGAAGCUUUCGAUGAGCUUCUUUUGAUGAAAAGGGGAGGUCAAGUUAUUUAUGCUGGCCCUCUUGGUCGCCACUCCCACAAGCUGAUCGAAUAUUUCGAAACAAUUCCAGGUGUACCAAAGAUCGUAGAAGGUGUGAACCCUGCAACAUGGAUGUUGGAAAUAAGUACUCCCCAAGUUGAGGCUAGCUUGAAUGUAGACUUUGCUGAAAUUUAUUCGAAUUCGGAACUUCAUAAACAAAUUCAAGAACUUAUCAAGGAAUUGAGCAUUCCACCACCAGAUUCUAAGGAUUUAUAUUUCCCUAAAAAGUACUCCCAGAGUUUUACUACUCAAUGUCAAGCUUGCUUUUGGAAACAAUAUUGGUCAUAUUGGAGAAACCCACAAUAUAAUGCUGUCCGAUUUUUCUUGACAGUCAUCAUAGCCUUAAUAUUUGGCACGAUGUUUUGGCAGAUGGGAGACAAGACUUCGACUCAACAAGACGUUUUGAAUCUAGUUGGAGCUUUCUAUGCUGCGGUCUUUUUCCUUGGUUCCAGCAACUCUAUCAAUGUGCAGCCUGUUGUGGCUGUUGAGAGAACAGUCUUCUAUCGUGAAAGAGCGGCAGGGAUGUACUCAGCCAUGGCCUACGCAUUUGCACAAGUGAGCAUUGAGGCACUAUACAUAUUUGUUCAGGGAUUCAUCUAUACAAUUCUCCUUUUCUCGAUGAUUGGCUUUACUUGGCAUGCGGAGAACUUCUUCUGGCUCUUCUACUUCAUUGUAAUGUCCUUUACCUACUUUUCACUUUAUGGUAUGAUGGCUGUGGCACUCACACCCAACCACCAAGUUGCCGGUAUUGUGUCUAGUUUCUUCUACAACUUCUGGAACUUGUUCUCAGGCUUCCUGAUUGCACGACCGGAUAUUCCCAUAUGGUGGAGGUGGUACUACUGGGGAAAUCCAGUAUCUUGGACAAUUUAUGGUGUCAUAGCAUCGCAGUUGGGGAAAAAGGGGGGCACCGUUCAGAUUCCUGGAGAACAUGAUAAACCACUUACAGAAUACUUGAAAGAUAACCUGGGUUAUGAGUAUAGCUUUGUUAAGUGGGCGGCAUUGACUAACUUGGGCUUUGUCAUCAUGUUCUUUUUUGUCUUUGCAUAUUCUAUCAAGUUCCUCAACUUUCAAAAGAGAUAGAUAAAUUCUUGGACUUAUACUUGUGAUGAAAGGACGAAAGGAAUAAAAAGUGUUUGCAGAAGUCACAGUUUCCCUUGGUAACAAAUUAAGUCCUUCAGCUGAAGCAUACUCUCAAUGUAAAUAAGUAUUAAUUGUGUCUUAUUAUGAAGUCACUUUUCUUGUACUACAAUAUUUUUAAAAUAUCUAUAUUGCGAGUAUCUGUUUA